UCCAGACUACUAAAGGAACUGAGCAAGUGGACUCUGUAGACACCAAAUAGUUGGCCAUGGUGUUGACCAUGGCAUCUCAGGAUACCCAGAACUUCUUCCAGCCUUUCUCUUCUUGGAUAUCCCAGGUUUAUGAAGCUCUCCAGCAAGCAGGAGAUACAUUAUCUUCUUUGCUGGUUCAUUUAAGCAAACAAGACUCUAAAUUGAGUGACAAGCUAGACCAGAACUUAGAUAAUACUCAAAUUCAGGAAACUUACUGUGACGAUGAAGAAAAAGCAAAAGACAAUGGCUGGAGUCAAGAGGAUGCAAACUCCUCAUUACUUGAAGAGGAUCAUUUCUCAUGUUCUACGAGUGAUUUGCAGGACUCUGCCCAAACUUCAAGCCCCAGGCCUAGCCAACAUGCAAAGGACUCAUGUCCUACAGUAUCCCAGUGGCCUGACCCAAAGCCCCCAUAUGUGCUUACUUCUAUUGCUGAGGAAGAGCAUCACCUUGAAAAGCAAAGAUAUGACCUUCAACACGACUUUGAAGUCCAGCUCCCUGGCACUUUAGAAAAAGUUAAUGGAAAAAGGCAAGUCAACAGCUUUGGGGAUGAUGAAGAGCCAUCUACAUCUUCUGACAGCAAUGAGGAUGUGAUUAGACAAUUUGAGAUUUCUGUGUCCCGAUCCCAGAGUUUCCGUGCAGAAGCAUCUGAGAAAGGAAAGCCAACAGAAUUGGGCCAGAAAUCAAAAUGCAACCAUUCACUCCCUACCCACGAAGAAGAUAGCCCUGAAGCAUCUGCCUGUGAAGAUUUUGAUGGAAACAGCCAACUGAGUUAUUCUGAGAUUCUGUCUUAUGAAGAUCAACCCAUCUCUACCACCUCACAGUCUCCAUGUGAGAGGGGGGAUAUCAGGCACCACAGUCCAUCUUACCAAGGGACCAGUGUGGUUAGAAGCCUCAGUCGUCAGUCUACAGAGGGCAGUUUGGAGACAGAAACAGCUUUUAACAACCGGGGCUUUGAGGAUUCUUACGCCACUGACAGCUCCUCCGUGUGUAGUCCAGAGGAACAGGACGGGACCAAUCAACAAGUACUAUCUGGGGUAUUAGAGCCCAUUUCAAAGUGUGGUGACCUGGAUGUCAUCUUUGAAUAUAGAGCUGUGACCCAGAAGCUCAUAGUGACCAUUGUGAGAGCACAAGGCCUUCCAGAUAAGGACCGAAGUGGUGUCAACUUCUGGCAAGUUCAUGUUGUGUUGCUGCCCAAUAAGAAACAGAGGGGCAGAACACACAUACAGAGAGGUCCCAACCCUAUCUUCAAGGAGAAGGUCACCUUCACAAAACUGGAGCCCAGAGAUAUGACUGCCUGUGCUGUCCGCUUUCGCCUGUAUGCUGCCCGUAAGAUGACCCGAGAGAGAAUGAUGGGAGAAAAGCUGUUCUAUCUCAGCCACUUGCACCCAGAAGGGGAAAUGAAAGUGACUCUGGUUCUGGAGCCAAGAAGUAAUAUAAGUAGUGGAGAGUCUCCGCUCAGCCCAUCUGCAGUUUCUCACAGUGAUAGUGCUUCAUCCACACAGUCGCUGUCUCAUGGAGGGGCGCCAGAGCUGUUGGUGGGGCUGUCCUACAAUGCUACAACAGGGCGAUUAUCUGUGGAAAUGAUCAAAGGCAGCCAUUUCCGAAACCUCGCUGUUAACCGAGCUCCUGAUACAUAUGGAAAACUCUUCCUCCUCAAUUCUGUGGGUCAAGAGAUGUCCCGCUGCAAGACCUCCAUUCGACGUAGUCAGCCCAAUCCUGUCUAUAAGGAGACCUUUGUUUUCCAGGUUGCCCUCUUCCAGCUAUCUGAUGUCACGUUGAUGAUUUCCAUUUACAAUAGGCGUGCUAUGAAGCGUAAAGAGAUGAUCGGCUGGAUCGCCCUGGGCCAGAACAGCAGUGGAGAAGAAGAGCAAGACCACUGGGAGGAAAUGAAGGAAAUCAAAGGCCAGCAGAUCUGCAGAUGGCACACUUUGCUGGAAUCCUAGGUUUGCCACCCAGGUGUAUAUCCUUAUCUGUGUGCUAUGUCUGCCUUGGUCAUGUGUAUAGCUGGCUACUAACACCAGUAGUCAGUGGAUCCUGGCAAGGUUUUCAGG